AUGUUCCACCAAAUUAGAAUUCGUGCAUCGGAUAAGCAGUAUCAGCGAUUUCUCUUCCGGGAUCAUCCACAGGAACCGCCUCAAGUCUACAUUAUGGACGUAGCCACCUUUGGUGCCACUUGCUCUCCGUGCGUGGCCCAAUUCGUCAAGAACAGAAACGCUAUGGAUCAUGCUGCUGAAUUUCCCGAGGCUGCAAGAGCCAUCGUAGAAGAUCAUUACGUAGAUGAUUUCUUGAAAAGUGUAGAUACGAUAAACCAAGCCAUAGAACUAACUAAACAAGUCAAAUUAGUUCACGCCAAAGGCGGAUUUGAAAUCCGUAAUUUUGCUUCUAAUUCGAGAGAAGUUCUGCUCCAGCUUGGCGAACACAACGACGUGCAACAGAAAGAACUUAACCUAGAACCAGGACUGGGACCCGAAGAUAAACCAGAACGUGUUCUGGGCAUGGUCUGGCAACCCAAAACUGAUGUGUUCACCUUUAGCGCAACCAUACAAGCAGAACUAAUGCAACAAUUGGAAAACAGACGAAUUCCUACUAAGCGACAUGUUUUAAAGAUAAUUAUGUCUGUCUUUGACCCGCUCGGAUUGAUUGCGCAUUUCACAGUACAUGGUAGAGUUCUCAUGCAGGAGAUUUGGAAGUACGGCAGUGACUGGGAUGAGCAAAUUCCAGCGGAGCUACAUGAGGGUUGGUUUCGUUGGAGUGAUAAACUGAAGAAGAUGAAUGAAAUUAGUAUCCCACGGUUGCUCCGAACUUUCGUCUUCAUUCGGAGAACAAUUGAUAUGUUCAAAAAGAACAAAAAGAUUGGUCGCGUCGAAGCUGAAGAAAUCGCUGAAGCGGAAAAUUUUCUGUGGCGACAAGUUCAAAAGGAAAGCUAUCCUGAGGAGUACGCUACUUUAUUGAAUUCCGUUAAAAAUCCUUCCAGCGAAUAUGUUUCUAUCAAGAAAAGCAGCUCACUAUACCAAUUCGCGCCAUUCAUGGAUGACAGCUGCGUGCUGCGUAUGAGUAGCAGAACCGCGAACGCAUCCGUGAUGCCCUUUGAAACGACACAUCCAGUUUUGUUGCCAAAAGGACACUGGGUGACGCAUCUUCUUAUAAACCACUAUCACCGUCGUUUCCUGCACGGAAACCAUGAAACAGUGGUCAACGAACUACGGCAAAGGUUUCAAAUUUCACAUCUACGCACACUGGUAAAACGAAUCUCGAGGGAAUGCCAAAUGUGCAAGAUCAAGAAAGCCGUUCCGAAGCCUCCGAUGAUGGCACCAUUGCCGAAAGUUCGCCUAACACCGUUUAUUAAACCUUUCACACAUGUCGGAAUUGAUUAUUUUGGCCCUCUGAUGGUGAAACAAGGGCGCAGUCUCGUCAAACGAUGGGUAGCGCUAUUCACAUGCCUUACCAUAAGGGCAGUACACCUUGAAAUUGUAUCAAGCCUUUCGACGCAAUCUUGUGUUAUGGCGAUUCGUCGAUUCAUCGCGCGUAGAGGUCCUCCAUCAACAGUCUUUACAGACAAUGGUACGAAUUUCUUGGGAGCCAAUAAUCUUCUCGUCAACCAACUACGCAACGCGCACGAAGAUUGCGCUAUAAUUUUCACCAAUGCCAACACACGAUGGUAUUUUAACCCACCUGCAACGCCACAUAUGGGCGGACCAUGGGAACGUAUGGUCAGAUCCGUAAAGCUAGCAAUGACUGCAAUAGCGGACCACCCUCAACACCCUAGCGAUGAAGUGCUGGAAACCGUGGCCUUAGAAGCAGAAGCAAUUGUAAAUUCCCGCCCUCUUACAUACGUUCCCCUAGAUGCAGCAGAAUCAGAAGCCUUGACGCCAAACCAUUUCCUGCUCUAUGGCAGCACCGGACUUCAGCAACCUUCAACAUCUUUAAUGAUAACUAACGGGGUUCUAAGAGAUAGCUGGAAUUUGACCAGAACUCUGGUCGACAAAUUCUGGAUAAGAUGGGUGAAAGAAUAUUUACCUACGCUAACGAGGCGCAAUAAAUGGUUCACCCCAACUCCACCACUUAAAACUGGAGAUCUAGUGAUGGUUGUGGAUCAGCAGCAGCGAAAUGGUUGGAUUCGAGGACAGAUAGUCGACGUCGUAAAAGCACCAGACGGACAAGUUCGCAGAGCAGUGGUUCGUACAGCGAAAGGGGAAAGCAUAAGAUCAGUUACGAAUUUGGCACUCCUGGACGUCGAAGGUACAUCGAAAGGAACAGCUGAGACUCUCCGUGAAUCCUCGGAACUACACGGGCGGGGGAAUGUUGAGAAUACCCCUGGGCUCAACGGUACAAGUAUCGUGAGUUCCAGGAGCUCCCAGAAGUGA